AGACAGUGCUCACCUGUGACUGGGUGCACAUCACCACCUCUGGGCCCCUUCCAGGGGUUGUCCAGCUCAGCUGCUUCGGGGGCUCUUAGCCCAGGGGUCCCUUCAAGAUGGCCUGGCUGUGGCUGCUCUGUGUACUGCUUCCUACCUUCAUGGUGUCUGUGACAGCCAACUCAUUACCAGUGUUCGAGAGCAAUAUGACACUAGUGCUCCUGCCGGAGGACUUACCAGUGGGUGCUGUGGUCUUCUGGUUGGUGGCUACUGAUCCCGAUGGUGAUCAACUGACCUAUGGAAUUAGUGGCCUACAUGCCAACUACUUCUCUGUCACUUCAAACACUGGGGAAGUGAAGCUGGUCAGCUCUUUGGACUUUGAGACACUUCCUUCCUUCAGGAUCACCAUCUCUGUAAAUGACGGUCACAACGUCCAAGUGACGAAGGAGAUGCAGGUGAUUGUGGAGGACAGAAAUGAUAAUGCACCUGUUUUCCUGAACACUGAAUUCUCCACCAGCAUCAAGGAGACCCUUCCAGUCGGCUCCGUGGUGUUCUCUGUGCUGGCUGAGGACAAGGACACGGGGUCAUCCGGUUUAGUGGAGUAUUUCAUAGAGAAGGUCAUCCCCAGCACGGACAACAGCAAAGAUCUCUUCCGCAUCCUGGUAAACGGCUCCAUUGUGCUGAAUGACACUCUCAGCUACAACAACAAAAGCGCCUUCUACCAGCUGGAGCUGAAGGCCUGUGACUCCGGAGGAUUGUUGAAUAACACCCUAGUCACCCAGUGCUCCCAGCCCGUCUUUGUUUCCAUCUCAGUGAUCGAUGAGCCAGACCUGGACCCUCAGUUUGUCAGGGAGUUUUACUCAGCCUCUGUGUCUGAGGACGCCACCUUGGGGACAUCUGUGCUGGCGGUGGAAGCCGUGGACAGUGACAAAGGCGUCAAUUACAAUGUGACCUACAAUAUCACCAACUCCACAAGGCCUGGGUGGUUCUGCAUCGAGAAGGAUGGGGUCAUCACAGUCUGUGGCCCCCUGGACAGAGAGCAGCUGCUUUUGGAUAAUGAAGAAGUGCAGAUACAGGUCACGGCCACUGAGGAGAAACCCAACAUCUACCAGCAAGAGGCCAAGGUGAGCACCUGGGUCACAAUAAAGGUGACCGAUGUCAACGACCACAAGCCGGAAUUUUACAACUGCAGCCUCCAAAACUGCACCUUCAGCCCCCAGGAGGCCCAGGACAACUUCACAGGCUAUGUGGAUGAGCAUGCCUCUGCCAGAAUCUCCAUCGAUGGUCUGACCAUGGUGGCCUACGACCCAGAUCAGGGUGCCAAUGGCACGUUCCUGCUUUCCCUGAAUGGCACAGAUGCUGAAGCCUUCAACGUGUCCCCAGAGCGAGCGGCCGUGUCUGUCAGUGUGCAGGUGGUGGUGAAAAAUUCAGAGAUGGUGGACUACGAAAAGAAGACGGAGAUGCAAGUGCAGGUUGUGGCCACUGACUCAGUCAGCGGCAACUACUCAGUUGCCACGGUGACCAUCCACCUUCGAAACAUCAAUGACCACCGGCCCGUGUUCUCUAAGAGUUUGUAUGAACUCACUGUGCCAGAGAACAGUCCAACAGGUUUUCUGGUCACCGACAGCAUCGAGGCUACAGACCUAGAUGGGGACGAAUGGGGUCCUAUCACCUACAGUCUGCUUCCAGGAGCUGGAGAAGACCUGUUUGAGGUGGAGCCAAAGUCAGGGAAUGUGACGGUGAAGAAUGGCACGCUGCUGGACCGGGAGAAGCAGGCCAUGUACUACCUCACGAUGCAGGCCACCGACGGUGGGAACCAGUCUACUACCACCAUGCUGCAGAUCACUCUGUUGGAUGUCAAUGACAACCCACCCGUGGUCCGAGGCUCCUACAACAUCUUUGUGCCAGAGGAGGAUGGCGAUGUCUCUGUGACCAUCCAGGCCUAUGAUGAUGACCAGCCAGGCACCAACAACAGCCGCCUGCUCUUCAGCCUGCUUCCUGGGUCCUAUAGCCAGAACUUCUCCAUAGACCCGGACACAGGGCUCCUCAGGAAUCUUGAGCCUCUGGACCGAGAGGCCAUUGACCCUGCCCUGGAGGGCCGCAUCGUGCUAACGGUGCAUGUGGCUGACUGUGGCGAGCCUUCCCUCAGCACUGAUGUCAAUGUCACCAUCACUGUGGAGGACAUCAAUGACAACCUGCCUAUAUUCAACCAAUCCUCUUACGAAUUCUUUGUGAUGGAGAGAGUUCCGGGAGCACUGGUGGGCACAGUCAAGGCCUGGGAUGCUGACCAGACAGCAGCCAACAACCGGAUCAGCUUCAGCCUGUCUGGGACUGGCGCCAACAACUUUAUUCUCCAAAGCAUUGUGUUGGCACUAGGGUGGGCAGAGGGUCACCUCUGGUUGCUCCCCGAUGUGAGCCUGGAUUAUGAGACGCAGAAGCUCUUCAACCUGACAGUGAGUGCAGAGAACCCAGGCCCCCAGGGCCUAGAAUCUACGGCAAACAUCACCGUGGUUGUGGUGGAUGUGAAUGAUGAGCCACCUACCCUGGAUGCAGUCUCACUCCAGAGCAUCUCUGUGGCUGAGAAUGGCUCUGAGCAUGGCCAGGUGGCUCAGGUGAUAGCCCAGGACGUGGACACUAACGCCUUGCUAAGGAUAGAGCUAGUGGACGUCCUCUGCACUAAGGCUGGCGUUGAUGUGGGCAGCGUCUGCCACGGCUGGUUCUCCGUGGACACCAAUGGCUCUGUGUACAUCAAUCAGAGUGAGGCCAUUGACUAUGAGGUUUGCCACCUGGUCACGUUGGUUGUGCGGGCACAGGACCUCGCCACAGACCUCGGCUUUGACGCUUACAGCAGCAAUGGAAGCCUUCUCAUCAACAUCAAGGACAAGAAUGACAAUACCCCCUACUUUCUGCCCAACAACCAGACCUUCGUGAUCAUCCCAGAGCUUGUGUUGCCCAACCAGCAGGUGGCUUCUGUCCAGGCCAGAGAUGAGGACUCGGAAGACAACGGGAUCAUCAAGUUCUCCAUCCUGAAAGCAGAUUUCGUCCCCAAGGACGGGGCUACCAACCCUGUCCAGGUCUUCCGGAUUUCCCAAUCAGUGGAAGCUGGCCUGUACACUGGCAGCAUCGAGCUGGUGACCAACCUUGAUUCCACUCUCCAAGGUACAUACCAGGUGACAGUCCAGGCCCAGGACCAGCCCGCUAUGGAUCCUGCCCUCGAAACACAGACCACUCUGAAUCUCUUCACUGUGGACCAGAGCUACCGAGUGAGGCUGCAGUUCUCCACCAGCAGGGAGGAUGUUGGUGCCAAUAUGGAGGAGAUUAAGGCGGCCCUUAUCCAGGCGACCAGGACCUCUGUGUACGUUGUGACAAUCCAGAACAUAGACUCUAUGGCUCGGGCCCGAGUCAACUCCUACAUGGACGCUUACUUUGUCUUCUCCAAUGGGUCAGCCCUGACUCUUACCGAGCUGAAUGUGAUGAUCCGGAAAGACCAGGAUGCAUUGAGGCAGCUGCUGCAACUGGGACUGGUGGUGGUGAGCUCCCAGGAGACCCAGGAAUUUAAUCAGACACAACUGCUCACCAACGUCAUCAUAGGACUGGUGGUGUCUUUGGUGCUGGUCCUUGUGAUCAUGAUCACGGCCCUCGUGUGUUUUCGGAAGAGCUACCACCGGAAGCUUCGAGCUAUGAAGGCUGGCAAAGAGGCCCGGAAGACACCAAUAGAGACGAUGACCCCAGCUGCUGCUAUCCCAGGGACUAACGUGUACAACACUGAUCGGGCCAACCCCAUGCUGGACCUCCCCACCAAGGACCUGGGAUUGGAGUGCCACUCCUCCAGUGACUUGGACUAUCACAGCCUCAAUUCCCUAGACGAGAACUCUGUGGACUUGGACACGGACAGUAAGGAAUUCAAGAGGAAGGAUCUUCCACACAACCCUCCUGAGUCUGACUCAGAGCCCCUGACUGCAGCGCUCUCAGGAAGGUCAGCAGGCACAAGUGGACAGCAGCAGAGGGAGCUGUCCUUCACCAACCCUGGCCUGGACACCACAGAUCUGUGAUGGAGACCCUCAUUCUUCAAGCUCAAACCGUACCGUCUGCCCUCCCCUAAAUAUAAUAUAUGCCUUGCUUUGCUUCCUA